AGAUGUAACAGCGGAAUCGAAUUAUAGUAAUGAGAAAAGACAUGGCAUUUCGUGGAAUAAAUAUUGCUUUUUUGUUUGUUUUAUGAAAUUUUGUGUAUUUUUUACUUUUGUGGAAAAUGUGAAAAUGAACAUUCUUAAAAGUUUUUUCAGUACGCGUUAGUGUUAACUGUCAAAGUUUCCAUUAUUUUCAUUUUUGCUCGCUGAUUGCGAAACAUCUUCAUUGAUUCAGCAGUGAUGGCGGAGAGAGGUGCACAUUUAACAACUGCUGCUACUGCUGAAGAUAACAGACCAUCAAUUUUUGAGGUUUUAGCUCAGGACUCUCUGAUGAGUGCUGUCAAACCUGCAUUACAACACGCUGUCAAGAUCCUCGCCACAUCUAACCCUGCUCGCUAUGGUGUUCUUUGGAGGAGGUUUGAUGAGAUUUAUGCCAUCCUAGAUUUGUUGUUGCAGCAUCAUUUUCUAUCCCGCACCAGCGCCUCGUUUUCAGAGAACUUCUAUGGUCUAAAGCGCGUAGGAACGGACAGCACACGUCCUGCGCACCUGGGGCUCCUCCGUAAGCAGCACCUGCGCUGUUUGCUCCUGCUGGCCCUCCUACCUUACCUUCACAGGAAACUGGAAAAAGUUUUUGCUCGACAGAGAGACGAGGACGAUUUCUCCAUCCGCUUGCCGCAGUCCUUCACGCAGAAGUUGUACAGGGCCUUUCUGGCCGCGUACCCUUAUGUGUGCAUGGCCUGGGAUGGUUGGGUGUUUUGCCAACAGCUUUUGUAUGUCUUCGGCAAAGCACGGACACAUUCACCACUUUUGUGGCUUGCGGGGGUUAAACUGUCAUAUCUAACUGCUCAUGACAUCCGCACCCUAGAUCUCAAGCCGUCAGGCCCGACAUUUAACCCCAGUCAAAGCAUUGCAGAAAAAUGUCAGCGUCUCAUCUCUACAGCGGUCGGUGGUGUUGCUGUAUCACUUUCAACCAGCCUCUCGAUUGGAGUGUUUUUUCUGCAGUUUCUAGAGUGGUGGUAUUCAUCAGAGAACCAAAGCACUAAGUCUUUGACCUCCCUCCCAACCCCUCCACCACCUCUCCACCUUCAUAGCGAGGAAACGUCACAAACACACAACAAAAUCUGCCCGCUGUGCAGGAAAGUGCGUACCAACGACACUGCCCUUGCGACUUCAGGUUAUGUGUUUUGUUACAAGUGCAUAUAUGUCUAUGUCAAAGCCAAUCAUAGAUGUCCCCUUACCGGCUACCCUUCUGAACUGCAACAUCUCAUUAAAAUAUACACACCUGAUGGAUAGACUGGUUUUACAUGAGGCACAUUUUGAAUUUUUUUUCCCCAAAUGCCAUAUUAUAAACUAAUACAGCAAAGCUCAGUCUCACGAAAUUACGUACCUAUAGUCACAUAAUUUUUUUAUUCUUUUUCUGUCACGAAUUUCCAGUUUUUUUGUAAUCGUAUCACGAAUUUCUGUUUGUGUGUCAAUUGUCAAGUAUUGGUUACUCAACUGUUUUGUCCUAUUUUCUUACCAUUGUCGCUUCGGUUUAGGGUUAGAUUUACAUAAAAUGACAUAUUUACCCAAACCCAACUCUAAUCCUAACGGCAGGCGACAAUGGUUUAAAAUUUAGAAAAUAUAAAAAAAUAAAUCAGAAAAAAUAGUAUAAACCAAUACUUAAAGUGACAUCCUAACGCAAACACCAAAUCUAACCCUAAACCGAAGCGAAAAUGGUUUGAAAAUAGGAAAAAGCAGUUGAGUAACCAAUACGUGAUAAUGACACACAAACAGAAAUUCGUGAUACGAUCACGAAAAAUAAUAAAAAAAUUAUGUGACUAUAGGUACGUAAUUUGGUGAGACUGGGUAGCAGAGUAAUUGUGUGAUUUUACAUUAUUUUUGCACAUUGUUCAGAUAGGCUACACCCAUAUGGGUGCUCCUUUAAAUUUCAGGUAAGAAUUAAAUGUUUGUGAUGUAGUCUACAAAUUUUAAAGAUACAAAUAUUUAAUUUGGCAGUGAAGAGGAGUAUUAAGGCGGUUUACAUGGCAUGGUUUUUGCUUUCCUAUAAUAUAAAAAAAAUUAUAUAUGAAAAUAAAUCUGAAAUUUGACGGUUAUGUUUUGCCCCUAUACUGUUCUAAAAAAUUCUUAAUAGUCUGAAUUACUAAUGAUCAUGUAAUGUAUCCUAAAAUUGGAAACCAUAUUUUUUAUAAAUGUACACACAACGGCAACUUUAAAAUGUGGGGAAUGUGACUCUUCAUGCCUGGCUUGUAACCGGUUUAAAUAAUUUUCAUGAGUGUUUGAUAAUCAUGUCUAUAAAAUGAUGCAAUGGAAAUUUUAGGUCAAGUGAAAAAAAUUGUCUCUCAGAUGAAACUUUCCAGUGGUGUAACUGUGAAUUAUUUUAAAUGUACUUCAAACAGUAUUUGUUUUUAAUUGUAUUACAAUUGUAUAAAAUUGUAUUGUACCAUCAAA